AUGGUUCAAACUAAACUAUUUUGGAAUGAAUGCCAGGGACUAAGAGAAAAGAGUGGGCUCUAUGAUCUAGACCAAGAAUUAUUAAUUACGGUAUUAUCUUCUUUCAUUACACGACAGAAUAUUGUUGUAACAGCUGACAAUAGUGAAGCGUCGUCGUAUGUGCAAUGUUGGCUAGAGUUGAUUGCAUCCAACAUUCUGGGGAUUGAAGAUGUUGCGACGAUUCGGUUUAAGCCAACAACAGUGUGGGCAGAUGUGGAAGAUGCGUUAUUAUCUAUGGGAGAAUUACGGCGGAUGAAGAAUGAAAUGCAACAGCAUAGAGAGAAUAGCAACACAUUGACUACAACAACGACAACAACAACAACUAGUACACAAGAUGUUGAGAGUGCAUCACGCAAAUCCAGUUCAAUGAUUUUGCCUGCACGAACUACAUCUCAUACUUCUCAUAAGAAGCAGAGACAGGGAUUACCGCGGUUUAUUAUUAUGAAGGAUCUUGAUCGGGCGUCUCGAGAAAUUCAGUCUCUUGUUGUACAAGGGCUUGUUACUAAGACUGUUUUUUGCAAUGGGGUUGAGUAUCCAUUCCCUAAUACCAAUUCACUAGUAGUAUCGUUGAUCAACUUGAAGCGUGGACAAGGAGUUGAAGGGCUGAUGCCACAUUUGAAGGAUUUAUUUUUUUUCCGGCAUCAUGUGAGUUUAGAAGAUUCUUCAGGGAUUCCAUUAUCGAAGGAGGAAAUUCGGGAACGAAGUCUUAGGUUACCCAAUAUUGCGCCGGCGCAACUUGUUUCCAAGGACAUGAUUGAUGAGGCAGUGUCACAGAUUGGGCGGAUAGUGAUUAUACCUGAGAUUAAGAUUUACAUGCAGGACAUUGUUGUUUUUUUAAGAACUCACCGGUUAGUACAAGCAGGACGUGGGGUAUCUCCUAAGGGUGUUAAGGAUUUUGAAAAGUUAUUAAGAAUCAUGUGUGUAGUACAUGGGAAUGAGUAUGCGACGCCAUCACUUGUGGCUUUAGCGGCUCGUAAGUUAUUCCCAUUAAAGGUUGAUAUGUGUCGGUUGCCAGAGUAUGAGCCGACGUUGCAUUAUGGGAGUGAUAUUAAGCUUGUUACGCAAUGGAUGAAGAAGUGGGACGCUGAGUUGAUUAUAGAUGAUGUUUUGAACAUUGUUCCAGCGCCUCUUUGA